GCUCGCACUUCAAACACACACCCUCCAUUGCCUUUUUUUUCUACUUACCCUCUGCUGUCAAUUGAAGUUACUGACUAGGUAUCAUCUUAUCGUUACUUUGACACACUGCUAGGCGAGUCGCCAACAACAUGUCCCGUCCAGCGGCUGAGUUCAAACGCCUCAUCGUUCUCUGCGAUGGUACAUGGCAAAACAUUCUUUCAGGCAACAAGUUCGCCUAUCCUACAAACGUAGCACGCUUGUCAAGAGCCAUCGCCCCAGUCGCCGUCAUCAAAGAUAAAGAAGGCAAGGAGAAAGAGGUCGAGCAAAUCAUCUUCUAUCAGCCCGGCGUCGGUACAGGAACCAACGACAAACUCCAAGGCGGGGCAUAUGGUGCUGGACUCUCAGCCAACAUUCGAGCUGCAUACGGCUUCCUAGCUCACAACUACGACCCAAACCCUGGCGACGAGAUCUUUUUCUUCGGCUUCUCACGCGGUGCAUAUACAGCUCGGUCCAUUGCCGGACUCGUCACCAAACUCGGUCUCCUAACCAAACGUGGAAUGGACUACUUCCCCGAAGUCUAUGAUCAAUACUAUAAAGAUCCCACCACUAAACCGGACUUCGAAUUCACUCCGGAGCUCUUGCAAAAGAUCGGCACCCAAGUCAAUGAGAAGGCAAAAGAAGCCAUCAAGAUCGUCGGCGUGUUCGACACAGUCGGCUUCCAUGCCGAAGGAUCCAUGGGCGAGAAGAUCGAGUUGCACAAUGUCGAACUCUCCCCACGAGUCGGCCAUGCAUAUCACGCACUGUCGCUCGACGAACGUCGCAUCCCCUACAAGCCCACUCUCUGGCAAUGGCCCCAGGCAUACAAAGCAGGCAAGGACAAACUCCAGGAGAUCAAGCAAGUAUGGUUCAGUGGUGUCCACUCUGAUGUCGGAGGUGGCCACUAUGAUCCAGCAUGCUCGGACGUCAGUCUAGCAUGGAUGCUCGCUCAAUGCAAUAAGGGCAAGAAACUGGCGUUUACGGACGAAGAUCCGUAUGACCCAGACGAUAAGGAUGAGUACUACCUCCUGCCAGACCGGAUGAAGCCCAACCCGAGCAAGAAAUGGACGCGUAUCGCCCAACAACCCACCGCUGACCCUCACGAAUCAAUUACAGACAAGAUCACGGGCAUUGUCGACCAAAUGUUAGAGCAAGAUCGUGAGGCGUUGACUAUGGAGAGGACGUUUGAGCGGAUCCACCGGUCGAUUCGAGAUCGGAAUCUGGAUAGGUGGUCUUGUCCUCUCCUCGAUGGGAAGAGGCACGAGACGUAUUGGGGACUGAAGGUCGCUAGCGAGCAUGGAAAGGUGCUUAUGGAAGCAGAACCGGAUGAGGAGGCGGAUCAGAUUGAGGAUAAGUACAUUGGCCGAAUUCGUGCUGCACCGGGCUCGAAGGACGGCGACUUGGUGGCCAAGUUGUGAUGGGUGUCAGGCAUAUUGAAAUGAUGGGGUUUGGACUUCGAGGAGACAUCGAUACGUUCGAACAUGUGAUACUACUCCUUAUCUUAGUAUUGAACUCAUCAUGUACCGCAAAAGGUAUGGCGGCUUGUAUAUAUGCGCAUUGUACUGUGCAAAAGAUCUUGGGUUGUUGGUCAGCUGGAGACUGCCAGUCAGGCUGGGACCGAGGGGUCAGCGCGCAAAGGGCCGGCCCCAAAGUCCCUGCAAGCA